AGAGGAGCGGGCCGGCCUCACUCCGGCACAGAGCAUCGCAGCGUGCAGAGGCCUGUCCGUGUCCACCUGGACCAGGAGCUCGCACGGGGAUGCUGGUGGCGAAGUGAAGGUGCCAAGAGUACUUUGCGGGGGUGUGUGCGUGUAGGCUCCGGUGAGAAAGUGAAAUAGUGAUCUUUCGCGAAGGAGGUUCAAAUCUCACCACAUAGCAUCCCGAAAAAGGGAAGUACCCGCGGUAACCAUGGUCAAGAAAGUGUUUCGGAUGUUUAGCGCCUCGUUCAGCAUCAACGACACGUGAGCGCCCCCGCCGCCCUGGCCUACGCCUACCUCGGGGAGUUCAACUCGCCCAAGAACAGGAACCGCGCCAUCAUCCUCGUGGGCUUCCUCACGGCCUGGUCGGCGAUCCUCCUGCCAGCGCUCGCGUGGGCCGUGCUCCCGAUGGAGUGGUCGCUGCCGCUGUACGGCGACGGCCUCUACUACAAGCCGUGGCGCUUCUUCAUCCUGGUGGGCGCCCUCCCCGCCCUGCUGUCGGGCCUGUGCCUCCUGUGGUUCCCCGAGUCGCCCAAAUUCCUGCUGGCCGUGGGGCGCCGCGACGAGGCGCUCCAGGUGCUGUCGCGCGUGUACACCCUCAACACCGGCAAGCACGACUUCCCGGUACGCCAGCUGACGGAGGACACGAGCUCCAUCAUGGCCAGCACGACGGACAGGUCCUUCUUGUCGCUCAUGAAGAUUGUCGCGGCCCAAACUGCGCCCCUCUUCAGUAAGACCUUCAUCCUGCACACCUUCCUCGUGUGCUUCAUCCAGUUCGGUAACAUCGCCAGCGCGAGCGGUCUGCUGAUGUGGCUGCCGGUGCUGUUCAACUACCAGGCGCAGUACGGCGAGAUGCACCCCGGCGCUGCGACCAUAUGCGAGGCCGUGUCGGGGGUGCUGCAGGCCGCCAGCAACACCACAACCGAGGCCACGCUGGGCGCAGAGGUGCUGGCCUCCAUCGGCGCCGAUGGCACGCCCAGCCCCAGCACGUGCACUGGCGGCACCAUCCUGACGCAGGUCUACAUCAACGCCCUCAUCAUUGGCGGGGCUGACGCCAUAGCGCCCCUUUUCGGCAGCCUGGUUGUCAACAAGGUCGGAAAGCGGAACCUGCUAAUUGUCUGCAUGUGGGUGACUGGGGUGUCAGCCGUCGCCAUGAAUUUUGUUGGGUCGUACGAGGCGAUUUUGACCCUGGCCUGCGUCGUCAUAGCCCUGACUGGCAUGUGUAUUGCUCACAUCUCCAGCAUCGUUGUAGACCUUUUCCCAACAAAUGUGAGAGCGAUGGCUGUCAGUCUGUCCCUUAUGUCUGGUCGUUUGGGGUCCAUGGUUGGAAAUUUCAUUUUUGGUUCUCUUCUUGACACGUAUUGUGAUGCCGCAUUCUACUUUUUCGGAGGAGUUCUCUUGGUGUGCGGCGUUUUCGCAUGUUUCUUGCCAAAACAAGGCAGAUACGCAAAUUAAAAGGCCCGCAGAAUCCAUAAAAAGAAUACGGUGACUACUGAGGUAACUUCGAAAACCUCCACAGGUACUUGAUAAUAAUAACGUGUGAUCUCAGAGACUGAUGGACCACUUCCAAAGCACUAUGUCAGUAUUGUAUGUUUUGAUACUAUGAACCCAGAUUUUAGAUUUAAGAGAUAUUUAAGGGCACUUAUGUACAAAAUAAAAACCAAGAAAAUAUAUUUCCAA